AUGGUCACGAAUCGGUCAAAUCAGGUUAUUGAUAUCGUUCUUCCUCCAAAAGCAGCAGGAAGCCUCAUGCAGCCCCUUGUGGGUCAGGAAGUGGUGCGAGUCCAACUGACAUGCCCUUCAUGUCUCCGUCGAAACAAUUACUGGACCUUCUCUAUUUCCGAAAUUUGCGAAAUAUUGGAGAUUGCGGGCCAAAUAUUGGUGGAAUUCAUUCGUUGCAAGAAGGAUCCAUCCGACCGUCUAUUUUCACAGACAAAUUGUGGCACUUUUGAUGUGGUCAACAGUUUAGAUGAACCCUAUCUAGUUGGAACAUUGCUUCAAAUACCCGCGUGGGAUGAUAUGGGUAUGAAGAUUGGCAUGAUCGAUCCAAAUCAUGACAUUGAAGCUGGUGCCAGUGUUGAUUCGAUGUUGGGUGAUGAAAAACUAACACCACGAUUUUAUCGCAACUUUCACUGUACCACUAGCCUUUCCUUUAUGAUGUCGGUUUCUGAUAAAUUGGAUGCUUACCAAAAUGCAGGACCUCAACAAAGCCGCAAAGCCACUGCUCCGAAUCACCUUCGCGUUGGGUUCGUUCUCUACCACACUCCUGCACGCGUUUUGCCUGCAGGCGCGAUAUGCCUUAAAGAGUGGGCCAGUCUCGUCUAA